AUGUCUCGUAUAAUCUGGUUUAAGUAUGGCAACACCCAAGCGACUAGUCUUAAGUUCCAAAGAGAUAUUCCUAUCUUGGAACCGGAUGCUAUUAUAGAUUAUAGCUUCGGAAGCACCGCAAAAACGCCUCCUCUAGUUUCUGUACAACCCGAUGAACAUCAAGGUAAGCCUUUGCGUCAUAGAGACUGGUGUUUUUGUGAUUAUGAAGACCACAGGUCAAAGAAAAACCCAUCUAGUCCAGCGUCUCAACUGUGGCAACGAUUUGAACAUUUCGUUGCAUCCUUCCGCUCGUUAAAAUCCAGAAGCGUAAACGAUAAGGAAAUGAUAACCAUGUCUACCAUUCAUGCCAGUGCGGAUUUGAAUGGUGACUUGGAAUACGCAAAUCACCAUGAAGAUACGAAUUCGGAACAUUAUAUUGGAGGAAAUAGAUAUAUUCAAUGUGUAAAUGAUCGUACUGUUGAUGUUCGUGAAGAAGAUAUUGCAUAA